GACGAUGACGACGCCAACAAGUCACUUUUCUUUCCAGGUUCUAACGCCGUUGCAGUCUCACCCGCCCACCAGUGGUCAUCCCGCCUGCAACGGCUUCCCAACAGCUCAUCCUCUUCCACAUCCUCCAUGUCUCAUCUACCUCCCGAAGUUCUUAUCCAGAUCCUCAAACACCUCCACUCAGCCCGGGAUAUCUAUCACGCCCUCCUCGUUUCUCGCUCAUGGUGCGAAUGUUCCGUCGAGCUGCUUUGGCAUAGACCCAGCUUCUCCCGAUUAUCCACACUCGUAAAGGUCAUGCGCGUAAUCUGCCGGCAAGAUCAGACGUUUACGUACGCCAGCUUCAUCCGCCGUUUGAAUUUCAUCUUUCUCGGUGCCGAGCUUUCAGACGUUCUCUUCUCCCGCCUCUCCCUGUGCGAUCGCUUGGAGCGUCUUACGCUCGUCAAUUGCCACGCCAUAUCCAACGAAGCAUUGGGCCGUGUCCUCCCCCAGCUGCCAAACCUAGUCGCGCUAGAUCUUACAGGUGUCUGGGCAACUUCCGACAAGGUCGUCGUCGAGCUUGCCUCGGCGGCCAAGCGUCUGCAGGGCAUCAACCUCACCGGAUGCAAGGAUGUGACAGAUGUAGGCCUGUAUGCUUUGGCGACUCACUGCCCCCUUCUCCGUCGAGUCAAGCUCAGUGGGUUAGACCAGGUUACCGAUGGCCCUGUGUCUGCAAUGGCUAAAGCAUGCCCUCUUCUCCUCGAAGUCGACCUUCAUCUUUGCAGACAGAUCACAGACGUCUCUGUCCGUGACUUGUGGACUCAUUGCACGCACAUGCGAGAAAUGCGGCUUUCUCAAUGUACUGAGCUGACGGAUGCAGCCUUUCCUGCAUCACCCAAAGCAGACAAUCAGCUUCGCGCAAAUAACCCAUUCUCGCAGCACUCGGCUGCUGUAAAUGAACCUCUUCCGCCUCUCAUCCUGAAUAGACGUCUGGAACACCUGAGAAUGCUAGACCUGACGGCUUGCUCGCGCAUCACGGAUGAUGCCAUUGAAGGGAUCAUCUCGCUUGCACCCAAAAUCAGGAAUCUGGUUUUGUCCAAGUGCUAUAAUCUUACCGACAGGACUGUCGACAACAUCUGCUCACUUGGCAAGCACCUCCAUUACCUUCAUCUAGGCCAUGCAGCUGCAAUCACAGACCGUUCAAUCAAGUCUUUAGCUAGGUGUUGCACUCGGCUCAGAUAUGUUGACUUUGCAAAUUGCGUACUACUAACAGACAUGUCCGUCUUCGAACUUUCCAGCCUACCCAAACUGCGUCGAAUUGGCCUCGUUCGUGUCAGUAAUCUAACUGACGAGGCCAUAUAUGCGCUAGCUGAGCGCCAUAGCACUCUCGAACGAAUUCAUCUCUCGUACUGUGAUCAGAUCUCAGUGAUGGCUAUCCACUUCCUCCUCCAGAAGCUUCACAAAUUGACUCAUCUUAGUCUCACCGGUAUACCCUCUUUCCGGAAGCCUGAGCUACAACAGUUUUGCCGUCCACCACCACAGGAGUUCAACCUGAGUCAACGAACUGCAUUCUGUGUGUAUUCGGGUAACGGUGUCUCAAAGCUGAGAGCAUUCCUGACGGACCUUUUCAACACUAUCACCGAGGACAUGAACGCAGAUGAAGAAACCGAAUAUGAUGAGGACACGGAGGGUAUGUACAAUGAAGACGCAGCCGACAUGGACAUGGAACUCGGGAAUGAAGCUGAGAUUGAUGAAGAUAUUGGUAUGGAUGAACCCUUCUCCGGUUCAGACGCUGUCGUUCAGCCUGAACCUCCUCGUCGGCAAGACCCCAUCAUUUCUCAUAUCUCACGUCAUCCGGAACUCGCACUUCACCGCGAUCGCGAUCAGACUAUCCGCGUACCACCAUCCUCCCAUACUGCGAUACCGUCGUCUUCCCACCAAAACGGACAUGGGCAUCAUCACCAGAACGGUGUCAGUUCCUCAAAUCAGAGGCGACACCGCGGAUUUCCUGUGAUGGAGACAUCCACCUCGCCAGCACCCAGCGACGUUGCUUCAAAUCGCAGCACGGGGACUACACAAUCCAAUGGUGCUGGUUUUUUCCGUACUUACCAUGAUGCUGCGCCGUUGGCAAGAAGCAAUGGGGCACUCACACCUGACUAUGUGUUCGCCGAGAUUGGACAUGGACGCGGCGCAGGACACAACUCUGGCGCAAACGGGCAGCAUGCGGGGCAUUCCAGGCAUCAUUAUGGAACCUCCGGUUCUUUCAGCGGUGGCACAGGCAGUUCGACGCAAGGGAUCACCCAGGUCAUGCAUUCCGCUAGUCAUCCGUUGGACUCUCAGAAUCCGCACGUGCAGGGCCGCCAUCGCGAUAGUAGCUCAUCAAGUCAUCACUUACCUCAAAAUUCUGUGGGUUGGCCCUACGUUGAAGCAAGCAGUCCGCCUCCACCAGCUCACGAAGAGUUAGAUUCGACCACAGUAGCUAACCGUUCGACAGACACCAUGCGCGAGGUCGACAGCCGGGGAAGAAGCGUAAAGAGGAGUUUGCGGAACACCUUCAAUGCCGCAGAACAUUACGCUUCAUCGUUCCUAUUUGGACGCACAUCGGCUCCUAAUGGACGCGUGCAUGAGUUGAAUAAUAUCAAUGGGGCUAGUACGAGCAGUGCUGCUUCGUCUCGUUCAUAGGUUGUACUCGCAUAGAGGGUUACGUCGGCCCACCUGUAUUAGUCGUGCAUCUGCGGUUAGCAUGGGACAGAUUUCGCAUUAUCAACAC